AAAUAAUUAAGGUGUUAAAAUAGCGACCGCCUCGUAAAUUAAAGAAUGAAAAUAGCGUAGCAGCCGUUUUCCUUCUAGUGUUUCCCACCGUCUAAGACUAGUCGUCUUCCCCAAUCCCAAUCCCAAUCCCAAUCCCCCUUCAUAUAAACACACAACACACAGAGUCGUCGCAACUUGGGCUGUAGCCCUCUCCUCCAUUAUUUACAGGAAGAAAAGAUUAAUUAUUUGAAAGCGUGCAAUCAUGGUGAGUUCGGUGGUGGGGAUUGGGAGGUCGGAAUUUGGGCCGGCGUGGCUGAAAGCAAUGCUGGGGGGUGAAUACUUCAUGAACUGCGGGAUUCACGCGGAUUCAAACAAGAGCGAAUGCAACCUAUUCUGCUUGGACUGCAUGGGAAAUGCCUUGUGUUCAUACUGUUCCCUCCGCCACAAGGAUCACCGCCUUGUCCAAAUCCGCCGAUCUUCCUACCACAAUGUCGUCAGGGUCUCUGAAAUCCAGAGGUACAUCGACAUCUCCUGCAUUCAGACAUAUGUCAUUAACAGCGCCAAGAUUGUCUUCUUGAACCAACGCCCCCAGCCCAGACCCGGCAAAGGCAUCACCUUCACUUGCCAGAUCUGCCACCGCGGCCUCCCCGACUCCUUCCGCUUCUGCUCUCUCGGCUGCAAGAUGAAUGGAAUCAAGAGAGGUGAUAGGGAGCUCAGUUUUUCCCUUAAAAUCAAACAUGGGAGGGAAUUGAUGUAUGAUGAAAUGGAGUCAGAUUAUGAAGCUUCCACGCCUAGGAAGAUGCACAGGGCUAAUUAUAUGUUGGAGUCCAGUAGCUCAGGGGAGGAUGAUGUCGCUGCUGCUGCUGCUGGAAACACCCUCUCUCCGGCGACUCCGCCCUUGUACAAUCAUACCAACUCCAGCCGUAGAAAAGGCGUUCCGCACCGUGCACCCUUCUAGCUAUAUAUACAAAGGUUUGAUCAAAUAUUGUAAAAA